GCGCGAGGACUGAAAGAUCGAGUCUCCUCUCAUUUUGACUCCUCUGUUGAACAAAUAGGGUUGUAGUCUCGCGAGUUUCCCUCGUGAAUAAAUUGAAAUUGAAAAAAUUGAAAAUUGAAAUGCAUCACUUUGGCUUUGCGAUUCUUUGUGACUUUUUCAGCAUUUUGAUUUUUUCGGUACCGCAUGAAAGAAAAUUGGAUGCUCUUGUACACGAUAGCAGUCGGUUUUGGUCUCUACCAAUAGACGUGCAGAAGUUCCUACGGGAAUCAGGUCAGUCGGUCUCCAGGCCUAGUCAGAUCGGUCUGAACAGAGAAUGCGCAGAGCAAAAUAGUUGCAACGAUGAAAAAGAAAAUGCACGGAGUGCUGAGAUCCUUUCGGGAUCCUGACGAAGAUCUGUUCGAAAUGCAAAUAUAGUACUCUGUACUCUUGAUCCGGAAAUGAACCAGGACGAGUUCGUGACCACUAGUAGUGGACAUCGACUCUAGAUUCAAAAAAACUUCUACCAGCUGCUGUCUCUUGAUCUUGUGUGCUAAACCUCUACCACUGUACUUGAGUAGAAGCGACCCUUUUGAAAACGAAUUCACCUUGACAUUGUGUGCAUAGCGCAGCUCGCAAUCAAAACCAAAGUUUAUUAUUUAUACUUUUUUUCGGUAGCCGUUCGCGCCUGAAAGCUUUACAACUUUCGUUUACCUUUACCUACUCGCGCGACAUCUCAUCAAGAGGAAGCUGCGCUGACCACGGUGAAACUGAAAGUGAUUGCAUUGAUUGUGCGCAAUGAAGUAAAAGUAUUGCUAUUGUCAGUUUCUCAGCCCCCUCUAAGAUUGAAAACGCUGUUAGUAUUGUAGUUCGCAAAAAUUAACAUUAAGAAUAGUCAAAGUAGUCCUUCUCCUUCGGAGCCAAGAGUUGAUUUACUCCUACCUUUUUUCAUCUUGGAAACUAAUUGUAAUUAGCCUCGAAAACAUAAACAAAAACGCAAAAAAAGAUGCGCCACGUUCACGUUGUACUCGUGUUCCUGUUGAGCCAGACGUCUGUGCUGCAGCCAGGAGUGCAGUUUGGUGUUGCGCUUGGGAAGAAGCUGAAAUUGAAAAAGAAGAAAGCGCAGCGCGGUUGGGCUGGUGCACGUAAGGUUGCGACAAACAUGGCGCGAUACGGUCUCAGUGCCGGAGUAAGUGACUUAGCUGUGCAACACAUCACAAGCGGAAAGCAAGGACAGGAGGUUUCCGGAAUACAUGCGGCUGCACCAUGGACGGUCCCUAGUACCAGUGCUCGUGGUGCAGGAGCGUCGUCGAGGCUGGACUUGAAUCCGUUGCGUGGGUACAUGCAGAAUUUUGGCCGAACUAUCGAGAUGAUAAAGGCACAACCCUUGUCACUGUCCGAGCUGCAGAAGCAACUGCCCAAGGUUGAUCUCGCAAAGGAGACUGAUGACUUUGACUCCGUCUUCGAGGGUGGCUUUCUUGCCUACAUCCAGAGCAGCACCCUCGGAAAAUACGACCUCAAGCGUGCUGCCCGCGCGACCCUGAUUGGUGCGCUGUUGACCGGGACCUUCUAUCCGCCGGUCUACGCCCAUGUCGGGAGAGUGUGGAGAAAUAUCAACCUGAGCCCUGUGACUGUUGAAAAAUUGCCGAACUUGGACUGGCGGCUUUAUGGGAUGGUCGUGACCACGCGCUUCUUCGAUGCCGUCUUCAUCGCGCUCUUCUUUUCUCUUCAAACAGUGCUAGAAGCAAUUUUGCCCUCGGACGCGCAGGGUCCCCCUCCCCAGAAUUUCGAAGAGCUGCUGCGAGCGUGGCAAACGAAGCUGGCAACGAAAUAUUGGGAUGCGCUGCCGACAGCGGAAGCCUUCUGGUUCUUCGCAGACAUUUUUUUGUUCAAGCAGCCGCACCGAAAGCAGGUCAUAGCUGCGCCCGUGAUUCAAGCAGUGUGGGACAGUGUGAUGGCGUCUCUGGCAAAUGCAGACCCAGAGUCUGGAUCGGGAAAGAAGAGCGAGGAGGGGGAGAAUACAACUAGCGCUCUGUCUCUCACGGAACAAUUCUGGAACACCCUGACUCCGAAACUUGUUGCCCUCAACAACGCAGACGGCGAUGACGAUGCUGUCCCCACCUACAACGCCGCUCGUGAUACUGUUACAUCGUCUUCUAGCCGGAGCGGUAGUCGGGGACGCCAUGGUCGCUCCUCAUCGCGAAGUGCCAGUCCCAGAUAUUCAGCGAGACAGUCAGCUGGUCGCCGUCUUACAGCGGGAGAGCAAUGGCCACACCUGCAGGGGGAAUUUAACAAAGUGAUCCAGGAAUCAGGUCUCGGGGUGACCACGGGCCCUAACGCUGUGUACAGGGCCGCAGUUGCCGCACAGAUGCGAGGACUUCCAAACGCGCGGCUCGGGGAGCAAAUUCGCCCGUAGAUGCAGUGACGUCCUGAACAGUGUUUAGUUCUGGCUCCGCUAUUAACCAUUGGUGGGUGAGGAUUUUUUUCAGUGGUGCCUCUGUCGGUACCUAUUAUUUUCCUAUGCAGAACUACAACCAAUGUAUGAUUUUUUCAGAAUGAGAACAGUCGGCACAAAACCAAAAGUAUUUAAGACGAGCAAUAUACAGUUUAUGCAUGAACAAGAGCAUGAUGUACGAUUUCCAUAUGUGACCUACCUUCAUUGAAGUGUAAUUGCGCUUCAUGGUCGUGCUUAGAAAACGGUGGAGCGCACCAUGAAAGUAGUGUGGUGCAAGCUUCCACCAUGUGGUAGUAAAAUGAACAAGCAGAAAAGUAAUAGUUGUAGCACAUGUCUAUGUAUGCAAAGUAUGCGAAAGCGAGUUUGAAAUUCAAACUUCGUGACGCAACCUAAAUCAAUUUGAAGUACACCCCCGGUAACGCAACCCCAAUCUAAAUCAAGGAAGAACUCGAAGCAGAACAGCCCGGUGCAUAGUGCAUAAAUUUCGCCUCCUCAUGACUGCAAGGCUUUUUCCCCUGUAGAUUUUGCACAGAGGUAGAUCUUUGAAUGUGACCCUUUUACGAGCACUACUAGCGUCGCAUAUAGAAUACAUGAGCCGAGUAC